AUGAGCGAAUAAUAGAGAGGAUUGGAAGAGUUAGCAAGGCAAAAGAGAUAGGCUCAAUUAUCAAAGAAUCCUCCCGUGAAAAGAGAGAAAAUAGAAGGAGAUCUCGAUGAUUUUAUAGUGAAAGACAUUUAGGAGGAUGAAUACUAUGCAAAUGAUGAUUCCUAGGAAGAGAUUAAAAAAAUACCAGAUAAUUAACAAAUGAUCACUCAAUAUAUGGGGUAGAAUAGAAAGAAAAAAUAAACUGGUAUUAAGCUAAGCGAUGAUGCGGAUGAGAUAGAGUAGGUAAUUCAAUAGGUAAAAGUUGAAAAAGUAAGUUUAAAUUAAGUUGUGACUAACAGUGAUGAACUAUAUAAAGCGCAAUUCAACUAACCUCUUAAGCCAAAAUAAAAAUAAGAUUUACAAGAGGAAGAUCUUGAUGAAAUUUUGAGUCUUUUGUAGAAUCAAAAAGCAAAAGAAGAACAACAAAAAUAGCAACAGCAAUAGCAGUAGGUUAAAGCAAUACAAUCAAAAUAAUUGCCUGUUCAUAGGUAAGUGGAAGUGAAAGUAGAACUCCCAUAAAUGAAGAUUGAUUAUUCGACAAUCAACAUAAAUUAAAUUAUUUCGAGAGAUAGAGAUGUCAUGGAUAUUGUUGAAAAAAAUGGUUCAAUUCUAUUUUAUUGGAUCGAUAUUUAUGAAGACCAAAUCAGAUUUCCAGGAAGUUUAUUUGUAUUUGGUAAAGUAAAGAACCACAAACUGAAUGUCUAUGAUUCAUGUUCAUUAUAUUUUGAAGAUUAUCGUAAAACAGCAUAUUUAUCAUAUGAAAAUGGGAGAUAUACAGAGUAGCAACUAAUUUAAGAAUGUUAGGCUUUAAUGAAAAAGGUCUUAGGAUUAGGAUCAAAAGAUUUUACUUAUUAAUUUGUUGAUAGAUAGUAUGCAUUUGAAAUUGCUGAUAUUCCAACAAGCUAGCAAUAAUACUUAGAAGUGUCUUAUACCCUAAAGCAUGGAUAACAACUGCCAGUUAGAAUAGAUAACCCUAUUUUUAAAUAUGCAUUGCAAUCCACUUAGACAUUGGUUGAAUAAUUUUUGAUAUAUAAUAAAAUUCGAGGUCCAUGUUGGCUCCAAUUAAAAUCAUGUUAGACUAUUGAUACAAAAGAGUUUCAUCUAAGAACAUAGCAUGCUCUUUAAUUGCCUCAAACUGGAUUUUAAGUAUAUGAAGGAGAAUUGCCUCUUCCGAAUUUGAAAUUGCUAAGCUUUACAUUAACUCAAUGUAAGGUCGAUAAAGAUGAAUAAAUUAUUGCAAUUUCUUACACAGUAUAGAAUAACAUAGAUUUGAAUGAUGCUGAAGUGCCUGAGUAGGUAGUUUAUUCAACCCUUGCUCGAAUGCCCUCUGAUGCUCCUCUACCUCCUGGCUAUAUAAAGGGAUAAAACAAAUAAGUGAAAGACUUUGAAUCAGAAUAUUCAAUGUUGUCUUCGUUUUUAUAGGAUGUAGAAGCCAUAGAUCCUGAUGGAUUAAUUGGUCACGAAAUCUAGAAGAAGAGUAUUGAACAACUCGUUGCUCGUAUUGCUAAGUUAAAGGUGAAUGAAUGGAACAGGAUGAGUAGAUUACAAAAGAGAGAAUAAAUACCUAAAAAUAUUUUUCUGAGGAGCAAAUACCUUACAAUUGGUAGGUUGGUCAUAGAUUUAUGGAUCCAAGCUAAAGACAUGAUAAAAAGUAAUGAUUACAGUAUAACAUACUUGGCCAAGGAAUUCUUGAAAUAGGAUUGUUAGUAAUUGGAGUCUGAUGUAACAAAGAAUUAUACUGAGAAUGCUCAAAGUUAUUAAACUCUAUUGUAAUUGAGUUUAAAGGAGACCAAGUUUGUAAUCUAGAUAACUCAAAAACUGAAUAUCAUAUCAUUGACUCGCCAGUUGACAAAUAUUUGUGGGAAUGUUUGGAACAGAUCCUUGCUCAAUUAACGGGCUGAAAGGAAUGAAAUGUUGUUAAUGCAUGAAUUCUUUUUGCGAGGAUUUCUGUUACCAGAUAAAAUGAGUAAGAUCAAUUUAUCAGAUGAGGAAAAAGAUCAAUAGAUAAAAGAGUAGGAGUCUAAGAAAACCUAUGGUGGUGGUUUAGUAUUUGAACCAAAAGCAGAUAUAUAUACAUAAUACGUUUUGCUUCUGGAUUUCAAUUCAUUGUAUCCAUCCAUCAUUAUGGAAUACAAUAUUUGUUUCACUACUGUGUAAAGAGAUAAAAUUAAUUUCGAAGUUGAUAAAACUCAGUUGGAAGAAGAACCUACAUAAACUAAGCCUUAGAAAUCUAACAAGAACAAAAAGAAGAAAGAUUAAACUCAAGAUGAGAAUGAUACAAAAGAGAAAAUUAAAGAUUUUAUUGGGUCAGUGGAUCCAGAUGCAGGAAGUGGAAUAUUACCUUAAAUAAUUGAGAAGUUGGUUAAUAUGAGAAAGUAAGCUAAGAAGGAGAUGAGUAGAUCUACUGGAUUAAUGAAAUAAAUUUAUAAUAUCAAAUAAUUGGCAGUUAAGUUAGUUGCUAAUUCUAUUUAUGGGUGUUUGGGAUUCAGUAGUUCUAGGUUUUAUGCUGUUGGAAUAGCUUCAUUAAUCACUCAAAAGGGUAGAUCAAUACUUAUGGAUUCAAAAAAUACUGUGGAGAGAAGUAAUGAUGUGAUCUAUGGUGAUACCGAUUCAAUGAUGAUUUGUGCUAGAUAGGAGAAGAACCUUUCAGAGAUAUUGGUGUUGGGUACCCAAAUUGCUAAAGAAAUCAAUAAGAAAUAUAAAAAAUUGGUUUUAGCUAUUGAUGGUGUCUUUGAUACACUUUUAUUAAUGAAAAAGAAAAAGUACGCAGGAAUUAAAAUCGACAAUCUAGAAGACUUAAUGACAGGAUAAACUGAAUAACCAAAAUUUAAGAUGGAAGUCAAGGGUAUUGAUAUUGUCAGAAGAGAAUUUUGUGAUAUUUCUAAGAAAAUGCAAUCUCAUGUCUUGGAUAUUCUCCUGAAAACCAAAAAUCGAGAUGACAUCCAUGGCGAUUUGAUCACUUUGAUGCAGGAAAUCAGAUCAAUGUUUGAUGCUUUAAGUGGUAAUUCAAAUGCAGAUCCAAAAUAAUUAAUUGCAUAAAAUAGAUUUAUUACAUAUGAAAUUCCAACUUCAGAUUUUAUUAUUGUUAAAUAAUUAAAUAAAGCUCCUCAUGAAUAUUCUGACACUAUUAGUGCUCCUCAUGUUUAAGUGGCUUUAAGAAUGGUAAAUGAGUACGGGAGAUCCGCUUAAAGUUUAGUCAAUCAUUUCAUUCGAUAUGUGAUCUGUGAAGACCCUACUUAGAAGAACCUAUCGUUCAGAGCUUACACUGUUGAUGAACUAAUUAACAAGAAUUUAACAAUCGACUAUUACUACUAUCUCUCAACCUAGAUAUUUGAUCCAAUAGUUCGUCUUUGUAAAAACGUUCAAGUUAUUUCCAUUUCUGAGUUGGCUCAAAUCUUAGGACUCAAAACAUACCAAUACAAAGACAAAGUGAAUCAUGAAUUUAUAGAUUUCAAGUUAGAGGAGGAAUAGAAACAAGAGUUGAUUAUCAUUGAUUCAUUUAAAUUCAAAUGUCCAGUAUGCAAAGAAGAGUAGAAAUACUCUUAAUUUUUUGACCAAUAAAAACUAUUUGUUAAGUAGUUGAUUUGCCAAUCUAAAUAAUGCUCUUAUAGUGUUGAAAACUUAAAAUCAAUCUCCAAUUAAACUAAACUCAUGAUCAAGAAGGAUCUCUGCAAUCCAUAUUACAAAGGAUAUAUUUAAUGCAAUAAAUCAAAAAACAAAUUUACCAAUUUCUGCAGAAAAGGAGUUUGUUUUGGCAGUUGUUGCGAAAAGGAUAAGGAAAAAAAGGUUAACCAUGUAAUUGAUGAGGAGACAAUCAAUACUUAAGUUAAAUUCAUUACAUAGUUUUUAAAUAAAGUAUUAUCCGAAAUCAAUAAAUAAACAACCACUUUAAACCAAAAUAAAGCAAGAGUAUAUUAAAUACAAGAGGAAUAAUAAUUCCAUUAACCAUUUUGCUAUAUUAGAUUAAAUGACAUAUUUAGAAAACUUUAAAUUUGA